AUUCAACUUCGGUACUUUCGCAUAUCUAUCCAGCUUUCUACGAAUUGCAAGUUGACGUUCAACGUCUAUAUCCUGAAAUCAAGAUUCUUCCAGCCUCUGCCGAUGGUUACGCUGACUCACCGAAUGCAAUUCAGCCAGCCGUCUCUUAAAUGCAGAACGUCGCCUGCGAACUUAAGCUGCUAAGCACGGGUCUAUUCUAUCUAGGAGUCGCGAAAUGCUCGAAAAUCGCACUUCGGCGGAUAGCGUAAUAUCGCUAGC